UAAAAGGGCCAAUAAAUGGUCGUGGCAGCACAAGACAGGGACGAGAUGGAGAUUAGCGAGAUGGGAAGCAGCUGCUUUGAAGCGGACUUCUCCGAGGAGAGGCGAGAAGACGAGGAGCCGAAGGUGGUGGCGGUGGAGGAGGAGGAGGUGAUCCUGUGGAGAGGAAGAUGGGUAGAAGAGUCGUGGCCGCGGAAGAGCGGCGAGGUGAUGCUCGAAGGGUACAUCGACGCGGAGGACGGUGGAGAGGAGGGAAAGAAUGGUGUCGGGAGGACGAAAAGCCUGACGGAUGAGGAUCUGGAAGAUCUCAAAGGUUGCCUCGACCUAGGGUUCGGGUUCAGCUAUGAGGUGAUUCCAGAUCUCUGCAGCACGCUCCCAGCGCUGGAGCUUUGCUACUCGAUGAGACAGAGAUUCUUGGACGAGAAGCAGAAAGGGUCGCUUGAUCGCUCUUCUUCGGGUGAAUCAGUCGAUCUGUGCCCGACGCCGCCGUCGCCUCCCAUCGCCAACUGGAAGAUCUCUUGCCCAGGAGAUGAUCCGGAUGAUGUUAAAGCACGGCUGAAGUAUUGGGCCCAGGCUGUGGCUUGCACAAUCAGAUUGUGCAAUUAAAUAUUGCAUUUUGAGUUCUUAGGGUGAUUGAAACAAUGUCGAUUGAUUGGUCGAUUGGAUACUACCUGAUGCUAUGGUUAUGAGAGGAGCGAACUCACCUCGGAAAUACACCACAAUGAAAACUGAGGCAUCAUAGAAGAUGACAUGAAGCCUAGAAGACUUAAAUGCUGAAUAUUGACGUCCUGAUGUCUUGGAUCAGACGAACAGCUUAUAGUAGUACAGGUUCUUAAAGAGAGGAUAUUUGUUUGUUUGUUUGUUUGUUUUGUAUGGAAGGUUAGAUUGUCAAUAAUGAUUGAUGUAACAAGAAAUGGAAAUAAUACUAGAAGUUGAUGUUGGAUA